CAAAGCCUAGAUGUCUCACUCCAUUUCCAUGUCUGAAUUUGAUCCUAAGAAACCCUCCGUGCCCAUAUCUUAUCCAAUCAAGACCCUCAAGGAGCUGAAGUCUCGUUCUUAUUUUGAGUCCUUUCACUACCCUUUUAACAAAGCUUCUGUUUCCAAUAUUCAAAGUGGCUCUUCUGCUUUGCCCAAUCGUGGUAGAUUACUCGUGUGCCAUGAUAUGGCUGGGGGGUAUUCAGAUGAUAAGUGGGUUCAGGGAGGCACUAACGCUGAUGCAUAUGCCAUAUGGCAUUGGCAUUUGAUAGAUGUUUUUGUCUACUUCUCUCACAACUUGAUCACUCUUCCUCCUCCUUGUUGGACUAAUACAGCUCAUCGCCAUGGCGUUAAGGUGCUGGGGACUUUCAUCACAGAAGGGGAUGUGGGAAGGGCUAUGUGUAAUGAACUGCUUUCAACAAAGGAGUCCACACAAAUGUAUGCAGAACAUUUGGCAGAGCUUGCUUUCAAUUUAGGCUUUGAUGGGUGGCUGAUGAAUAUGGAGGUAAAAUUGGACCCGGGGCAGAUUUCUAAUUUGAAAGAGUUUGUCAACCAUUUGACAUUAACAAUGCAUUCUUCAGUGCCUGGAUCGUUAGUGAUAUGGUAUGACAGUGUCACUAUUCAAGGUGAUUUAUGGUGGCAAAAUCAACUAAAUGAACAUAAUAAACCUUUCUUUGAUAUAUGUGAUGGGAUAUUUACAAAUUAUUCAUGGGAGGAAGACUAUCCAACGCGAUCUGCUGCUGUUGCUGGUGAUCGAAAGUUUGAUGUGUACAUGGGGAUUGAUGUAUUUGGAAGGAACACAUAUGGUGGUGGACAGUGGAAUACAAACGUUGCUCUUAAUGCAAUAAGAAAGGAUGAUGUCUCUGCUGCAAUAUUUGCUCCCGGCUGGGUCUACGAGUCUAAGCAAGCACCAGAUUUUGAGACUGCUCAGAAUCGUUGGUGGGGUCUUGUGGAAAAAUCAUGGGGCAUCCUGCGAAAGUAUCCUGGAGCACUACCAUUCUACACAAAUUUUGAUCAGGGACGCGGUUAUCAUAUUUCAGUUGACGGAGACAAAGUAUCAGAUGCUACUUGGUGCAACAUCUCUUCCCAAGGCAUUCAGCCAAUCCUUGACUUUGCUGAUUCUACAACAAAUUCUAUUCAACUUCUUGUGGACUUGAAAGAAGAAUCAUAUAGUGGAGGGGGAAACAUUACAUUCAAAGGUUCUCUUGAAGGGGAUACUUACUUCAAGAGGAGAAUCUUUCAAGGAGACUUUAUUCUAAGCGAGUUGCCUAUCCACUUCAAUUAUUCUGUGAAAUCUGAUAGCAAUUCUUCAUUGGGACUAGUACUCGAGUUCACUUCCACUAUCAAUGAAAGAAUGUCUAUACUACUCACAUCUCAGGGAAUGAAUCAUCUCUCAAGCAGAUUUAGCAAAGUAGUCCCAACAAGCGAACACAAGGGAAAUGCCCCUGGAUGGGUUAUACACGAAGGCACAAUUGAAAUGAAUGGAUACAUUUUGACAGAAAUCCAUGCUUUGUGCUAUAGAUCAGAUGCUCCUUCCAAUGAACUGAGGCUGAAAGCCAGACCAUAUGGCAGUGAUCGUACUUUGGCUUCUCCAACAGGUUAUUUUGCGGUUCUUGGCCAUAUAACAAUCAAGACUUCUGACUAUAAGCCAGAUUUUCCCGUGUCUACUUCCUGGUUAGUUGCUGGUGACUACAUCAAUUGGAAAUCAGGUCCUCAGGAUUCAAAGAUCCUUGAUGUUAAAAUUUCUUGGAAACUGAAAGAAGGAAAGAAUUUUGCAUUUCCACACUAUAACGUGUAUGUGGUGAAACUAUCAAAACAAGCAGAUAUUAAUCCAAGCACAACAUUAGAACAUGUGCAGGAGUACCUUGGAGUUGCACAAGUAAACUGCUUUUAUGUUUCUGACCUCGAAGUUCCUCCUAGCACUUCUAGUCUCAAAUUUAUCAUACAAGUCUGCAGUUUUGAUGGGACAAAUCAGAAUUUGUCCGAGUCUCCUUAUUAUCAAUUGGAGGUAGAAGCUCCUUAAUUUGUCAUUUGGAAUGCAACACUAGUUCCUCCUAUUAAGGAAGUAUCCAUCAUGGAUAUUGAUUUGGAUUCUAUACGCUGUGCUUAUGCUGCAGAGAGGAACAAAACUGAGCAUAUUUUGCUGCUUCUUAAGUUCAUACUUUAUGUACAAUUAACAGGGCCUAAUAAGUCGCUUGAGAUCAUUCAGAUCCUAUGGAACUGUAAACCAACUGCUUGUUCAUUUCGUUUAUUUAUUUAUUUGUAGAUUUAGUCAGAAAGCAUAGUGCGUUUUUUGUGAUAAAAAGCACUAGUAUCCUACAACCUUAAAUUGUCCAAUAUAGUAUGCCACACGUCUAAACUUAGGGGACUGAAUUAACAAUGGUUUUCCAAAGACUAGGAAACAGUAACUGUGAAGGUUCAAUGCUCCAAGCUGUGCAAUUUUAAAUAUUUGAAGUUACAGCAAAACGGCUUUGUUCGUGUAAACAUGGCGGCGGGCAAGAAUUAUUAUAGAUAUGCAUAGCUUCUAGUUCAAUAUAGCGUAGCCCCUUUUUUUCUUUGUGUGUGUGUGCAUAAUGUCCAUUCGUUUGGUAUUGUAGCAAAGUGCCAGAAAAUCUUACUUUGACUUAAAUAAGUGAAAGAAAGAAGAAAGUCAAAGAGAAGUGAACUGAAGAGGGAUGGGUUAGUGACUUAGUGGCAUAUGAAUUCCAAAACAAAACUUCUUUUGGGAGUAUUGUCCUCGAGCCUCAAAAGAGAAAUGAGGUUCCCACUAUCACUUUCUUUGUCUCCACAAAGA